UAGCUCCCCACAAUGGCACUUGCCCCAAAAUAGCUGUCCAUGUGAGGGCCAGAGAAAGGCAGAGAUUAGACCCCUGGGGGGUUGAGGAGGGUGGCAGGAGGAGCAUGUGGCACCCAGUGAUCCUGGCCAGGCUAACAUCCGGGAAGAAGCUACCAUGGUGCUCAGUGAUGGGGAGUGGCAACAGGUGCUGAAUGUCUGGGGGAAAGUGGAGGCCGACCUCGCCGGCCAUGGACAGGAAGUCCUCAUCAAGCUGUUUAAGAACCACCCUGAGACCCUGGACAAGUUUGACAAGUUCAAGACCCUGAAGUCAGAAGAUGAAAUGAAGGCCUCAGAGGACCUAAAGAAGCAUGGCUGUACUGUGCUCACAGCCCUGGGGAGCAUCCUGAAGAAGAAGGGACAGCAUGCUGCGGAGAUCCAGCCUCUGGCCCAGUCACAUGCCACCAAGCAUAAGAUCCCAGUCAAGUACCUGGAGUUUAUCUCAGAAAGCAUCAUCGAGGUCCUGAAGAACAGACAUUCUGGAGACUUUGGAGCAGAUGCUCAAGGCGCCAUGAGCAAGGCCCUGGAGCUGUUCCGGAAUGACAUUGCUGCCAAGUACAAGGAGUUGGGCUUCCAGGGCUGAGCCACUCCCCCUGCCCGGCCCACCAAGCUGGGACCCAGUGUCUGUAGCAAGUAGAGUGUGCAGUGCCCUAGGUUAGCAGAGAACAGAAGAGGGGAACAUAGCAUAGCAUUCAACCAUCUAACCCACACUCCUGGGGACACGGCUCCAGGUGGCACCACCUGGGACCCAGAGGUGCAAAGUGAUCUCUGCUUCCUCAGUUUUUUGUUUUUUUUUUUUUUUUUGUUUGUUUGUUUGUUUUUUUCUUUUUUGGGUCAUGCUCAGUUCUCCUGUCACCUAAGUCCCAACCCCAACCCACUUCCUCCCAGUUUCUGGGAAAUCCCUCUUCCCACUGCAACAUUUGAUCCCUGACCUUUGACUGAGGUAGGAUGUUGCUUAGCAGGAGCAGAAGAGUGGGAAGGAGGCUGUGGCAUCUGGGCAUCUCCUGAUGCUCAAGUUCCCACUGACACACCCCAAUUCAAUAAAAUACCCUGAAAUCCCUCAUU